AUCUCAGGACCCACUUUGUAAGCAGUAUUGAUAUGAAGUCUUCCUGGCCUACCACCUCAGCUCUGGAAUUGAUUGGUUUUUCCUUCCAUCUUAUGAAUGAUGAUUGGAGGACUAAAAGGUCAUCCUAUGUGUACCACCUUGGGGAAGUGAUGAAUAUCCAGGCUUCUUUCUUGAAGGCUGAGCAUGCUGCCAUCAGAUUAGUAAUGGACAGUUGUGUGGUCACUCUGGAGCCUAAUGCCGCAUCAGUGCCACGCUACGUGUUCGUUCAGAACCAUGGAUGUCUUGUCGACUCUAUAGUGCCAGACUCUAGUGCCCGUUUCAUGCCCAGAAAACUAAAUCAUGUUCUUCAGAUGCAGAUGGAUGCUUUCCGUUUCCACGAAAACCACCGUAAUGCUGUCUAUAUUACAUGCCAUCUGAAGAUUGUUGAAAUGGAGUUGAAUAUCAUGAACAAGGCCUGUACCUAUUCUGGAAAUGGAGACAACAGAGUCCAACACUGUGUUGCUUGGUCCCAUUACUGUUCUUGGCUAAAUUCUGUGUGAUUCAUGAAAAAUAAAAAUAAAAUGGUCUAUCCCUUUAUUGUUUUAAUGAUUUAACCACUUAAUUUGAUGUAGUGGUUUUACAGAAAUGUCCACUGUCUCUCUGUUUAUAAUUUCAGCUGGUCUGUAUUUUCUAUAACGCAUGCUAUUUUAAUUUGUUUCAUCCAACAAAAGUAUAAAGUCUUCAGUUAUGUAAUAGUGGUGUUCCAUGAUGGGGCUAAGCGAAAAAUACAUUCUCUAUAUUUUUAUCCUGGGUUAGGGUUAUAAUGCUGUAUAAUGCAAUACCAUUGCUGUGUUUGUUUUUGUUUUUUGUAUCCUCUGUCCACAAUGUUGCUGGAUAUUUGGGGUGGUUUACUGUUAUUUGUGCUGAUGUUCAAUGUGGCUCUCUUGAGUGCAAAACAAAUUCUCCUCUGGUCAAUAAAGGUUUAAUUCAUUCAAUGAACAUUCCAGUUCCUAAAUACCUUAAUGUCUACAUUCCGUUUUAAUUUUAAACAUAUUACCAAUGUUCAUUGGUAAAUCAGAUAAAUGUAGUAAAGUUGAUAUUUUAACACUGUGAUGGAUCUGCCAUGUGCCUUGGCAAAUCACAUAUCAAAAAAAUUAG